CGGAAAUCGAUAUUUCAGGCGCCAUCUUCCAUAAAAAGAAAGAGAUAAUUAGGAAUAGUUUUUUUUUCAAUAAUGGCUUCAGCUGUUGGUAAAACCCCACCAAAACCCCCAGUAGAAGUAAAAGAAGAAACACCAAAUAAACAGAAUCAGAAUGAAAGAAAAUCUGAGGAGAAAGAGAUAAAGAACGAAAAAAAUCAAGGGCCGCAACAACAAGACAACAGAAAUAGAAAUCAAAAUCGUGAAAAUCGAUUUCAGAACAAUGAUAAUAGGUUUCAGAAUCGCAGAGGUGGUAGGAAUCAGAACCAAAGAUUCAAUCAGCGAGGUCCAAAUCAACAAAGAGAUGCUUCUAGAGACGGUCACAGUGGAAAUCCGUUUGAGCCCAUGGGGGAUUUCUAUGGCGAGCAGAACGAAACUCCAAAGGAGCCUAAAAAAUUUACUGGCAGGUGCAGACUGUUUGUGGGGAAUAUCACACCAGAUGUGACUGAAGAACAGUUUAAAGAAAUGUUCACACCAUUUGGUGAAGUUUCAGAAGUGUUUGUAAAUGCUGCAAGAGGCUUUGGAUUCAUCCGCUUGGAUUUCAGAAUAAAUGCUGAGAGAGCAAAGAUGGAAUUGGAUGGGCAGAUGCGAAAUAACAGAGUACUCAGAGUGAGAUUUGCCACACAUGGAGCUGCUCUGAAAGUAUUCAAUCUGUCUCCAUUUGUAUCAAAUGAACUUCUAGAACAAGCAUUUUCUCAGUUUGGUGAAGUAGAACGUGCAGUUGUAUGUGUAGAUGAUCGAGGCAGAUCCUGCGGGGAAGGAAUAGUGGAGUUUGCCAGAAAACCUGGUGCACAGUCAGCUCUCAAAAGGAUAAAUGAGGGUGUUUUCUUGUUGUCAGCAUAUCCAAGACCAGUACGUGUUGAGAUGCUUGAACAAAGAGAUGAGGAGGACGGUCUCACUGAAAAAUUUGUUCAAAGAAAUGAUGGGUUCAGGAAAGACAGAGAAAAGGAACCAAGGUUUGCUCCGCCCGGAUCAUUCGAGUUUGAAUUUGGCAUGAAACAUAGGCAGAUUGAUGACAUGGAAAAAGAGAGAAAUGAGAGAAUUAAACAAGAAAUGGAAAACGAGACAAUCGGAAAGAGACAUGCUAGUUGGGAUACAGCCAGAUUACCACAAUCAAAUCAGACAAGGUAAGACAGUUUGCACAAUGAUUUUGCAGAUUUGAUGAGACAGCAAGAAGAAUUGAAGAGGUUGGAUGAAAUGAAAAAUGAGCACAUGAGACGUAGACAAGAAAUGGACAUGAGGAGAAGAGAGCAACAAAUGCAGGGUGGUAUGGGUGACAAUAUAAUGAGACAGGAGGAAGAACGUAGACGAGAGAUGAUGAUGCGUGCAUCCAGUGCAAUGAGCAGAGACCGUGAAGGAGGCAUGAGCCAGGGACCCCCAGGACAAAAUAGAGGACCUGGUGGUCGACAAGAUGAAAUGAUGAUGAGAGGAGGGCCUGGAGGUCAAGGUGGGCCAGGUGGUAUGAGAGAUAACCAAGGUAACCAGAGAGGUCCUGGCACACCACCCAUGCCCCCACCCCCAGUACCACCUGGUAUGAACAUGGACCAGAACAGGACUAGCGGUGGAAACAUGGACAGAUACGGACAAGGGGGUGUGAGCCCUGGAAUGGACCAACAGAACAUGGACAGACAGCCACCGGGUAUGCCAGGCAACAUGAAAGGAGAACCAAUGCAGCGUCCCGGCCCAGGACCUCAAGGACAGCAGCCCGGAGGACGAUUCCAAGGGCCACCAGGCCCAGGGGGCCCUCCUGGGGGACCAGGUAAUUUCAGUGCUGGUCCAGGAGGUAUGGGUGGCCCUGGGGGCAACAUGUUUCCCAAAAUGUCUGGACCACCAGGACAUAUGGGGCCUGGGGGACCCCCAGGUAGCCAGAAUAUGAGAGGCAAUGAUAGAAGAGAUCCAGUUAGAAGAGAAGACUUUGAUAAUAAAAGAAUGAGGCGGUAUUGAAACGAUAAAACUGAUUUCGUAAAAGUGUACUGUGAACUAUACUUACAUUUACUUUUAAGACAGUUUGUUUUAAGACCAAUGAAUCAUGCUAUGAUUUAAAUCAUCAAAUGCUAGUCAUUUACACUGAAGACAUAAUAGAAGCUUUACUGGACAACAUGCAGUUGAGUUGCUAUCACAGAGCUGAAGCUGAAUUCCAUGAAAACUCUCAGUUAUUAUCUCCUCAAAUAUUUGAUACAGAAAUGAUGUGCUACAUUGAGUUUGCUGUAGCUUACUAGAACAGAUUUGAGAGUAGGAGGUGAUUCAUAUUUUCUUGUACAGAAUUAAUAUUAAUAUUAUUGUUUGUAUGGUGUUUAAUAGUAAUGCAUGAAAACCAGAUUUUAUGAAGUUAAUGGCAUAAUUUUCGGUCUUGAUUGACUCGAAUUUACUAGCCACAAACAUAGUGUUUAGCAGUAGGAGAUGGUAUAUUACUCAUUUAUGUCUGUCAUGUUCCAUUUUCUUUGUUAUCAUCCAUCUAUAUCAUUGUAAAUAUAUACUACAUUUUCUGUCCAUUCUGGAAUCUCCUGAACAUUCUAUCAGGCAUUUUGAUUUAAAAUGAACGCAACUGAGAUAAUAUGGGUAUUGGUAGAUCAUUUAUUUCCUCAUUGAACCACAUACCUGCUUAUCAACAUGUAGAGGCUUGUUUUAUUUGCCUUCCCCUAAGGUUGUGGAGUUAUUCCUUACUUCAUCUGUAUUAAAAGAUGAGUUUUUAAACUGAAUUUUAUAAUAUUUCCCCCCAAAUCUUCAUGUUAAUUAUUCCCAUGAGUAAGUGACAUUAGCCAAAAUGUUAAGGUAUGGGUCUGAGUGGCAUAUAGUGCGAUCUUUAUACAGUAUGUCAGUGUUUUAUCUUGAAGUUUUACAAAAUCAUUGAGUAAACCGUGAAAUAAUGAAAAUUCUGCUGUACAUUUAUUCAACCAAAAUAUAAUAUCCAACAUCCUUUAUCCUCGAACAUAUUUGGUGUACAAAGUGAAGAUUUUCUGAUUGCCAUAUAUUUUCGUUAUGCCAUAUAUUUUCUAAAUGCCAAGUUUGGCCUUGAACUUCUUGUACAAGUUUCUUCUGUUUGAGUAAAUUUUCAAUACUGUUUUAUUUUGUGAGUUUGUAAUUGGAAAUCAUGCUUGAAUUUUUUUUUGUACGAAUUUCAUCGCUGUACAAAUUUCAUAGAUACCAAAUCAUGUAAUGCUUCAAUGCUACGUUAAAGGCCAUCUAGUGAUAAUGAUUAUUUUAUCAAUAAAUAGGAAAGCUUUACCUAAGGCAUUUAUUUAUAUUAAAAGGUAAUUAUUUUAUUUGAAAAGUGGUCACUUGCUUCCAAGGCAACUAACAAAUCAGAGGAAACCUAUGAAUAAAACAGCGAAGAAACCAUUUGACAUAAGAAGAGAACAAUAUUAAAACAUUGUACUUUAAACUUCUUUUAAUUUGUUUGUUUUUAACAUUAAGAAAUAAUGUGUAUUAUAUGAAAAAAGUGUUGUUAUUGCCCUUGUUUAUUAUUGUCAUUUGAUAAUGUAAAUAUAUAUUAGGAUUGAAGGAAAAAGUUGGUGCAUAUUGUCUUAUGUUGCGAGUAGGUUCUGCACAACCAAAAACAAGUGAAAGAAGUAAACAUUAUUUUAUUAGUAGAAUAUGUUGAUGCUGGUGUAAUUUUGUGUGAUUUUCCCCCCCUCUGUGUAUCAUAAUUUUAGAACUUUUUUUUUUACAACAAACUUUACAGUGAAGUUUAUAAAAAAGAUUAUUUGAACAAUGUAAGAGAAAAUAAUUAUUAUAUGUCUUACUGCCUAUGAACAUUUAUCAUUGUGUUGUCUAAAUUUUAAAUAAAUAUUGUAGCAACAUA